CAGAAGAAGAAAUAGCGUGACGUAACUGCAAGUUGCUGUAAAAUGGCGUCGCUCAUGCGUUAGCCCAAAACAUAACGAACAAGUUUAAACACAGCGCAAGCUACGGAGGAGACUAUCGUUUAUUUUCGGGAUAUUACGGCGUAACUUGUUGGAUCCUAACAAAGGUUCGGCCAUGGCGGAGGAGGCCACCGUCAGCGCGGAGGGGAUUGUGGGCCUGGAUGAGCCCAAGAAGAUGACCAGGGAGGACUGGAGGAAGAAGAAGGAGCUGGAGGAGCAGAGGAAGCUGGGAAACGCUCCAGCUGAGGUGGACGAGGAGGGGAAAGACAUAAACCCUCACAUCCCACAGUACAUUUCAUCGGUGCCAUGGUACAUUGACCCAUCCAAAAGGCCCACUCUAAAGCAUCAGAGACCACAGGAGGAAGAAGAGGCGCCAUACUCAUCUGUGGGAGAGUGGUAUAAGAGAGGAGUGCAAGAGACCUCUGUCAGCACAAAGUUCCGUAAGGGAGCGUGUGAGAACUGUGGUGCCAUUACACACAAGAAGAAGGAUUGCUUGGAGCGACCCCGAAAAGUUGGGGCGAGGUACACGGGUAACGGUAUCGCUCCAGAUGAACACAGUCAGGUACAUCUCGACUUGGACUAUGAUGGGAAGCGAGAUCGCUGGAAUGGGUACGACCCUGAGGAACACCAGCGCAUCGUGGAGGAAUACGCCAAAGUCGAUCUUGCCAAAAGGACACUGAAAGCACAGAAGCUUCAGGAUGAGUUGGCUUCUGGAAAACUGGAUCAAUCUGAGCGCGAACACGACAGCGAGGACGAGGACGAAGAUAAAUAUGCGGAUGACAUCGACAUGCCGGGUCAGAACUUCGACUCCAAGCGACGAAUCACUGUUAGGAACCUGCGUAUCAGAGAAGACACGGCCAAAUACCUGAGAAACUUGGAUCCAAAUUCAGCAUAUUAUGAUCCAAAGACUCGCGCUAUGAGAGAGAACCCGUACUCCAACACUGGCAUGAACCCCGACGAGGUUGGGUAUGCUGGAGACAAUUUUGCUCGCUAUAGCGGGGCAACCAUCAACAUGGCUCAAACGCAGUUGUUUGCCUGGGAGGCGUACGAGAGAGGCUCCGAGGUGCAUCUGCAAGCCGACCCGACCAAGCUUGAGCUGCUCCAUCGGUCCUUCAAAGUCAAGAAGGAGGACUUCAAAGAGAAACUGCGAGACGGCAUUCUGGAGAAGUAUGGAGGCGAAGAGCACUUGGAUGCGCCGCCACGCGAGCUGCUCCUGGCCCAGACAGAAGACUACGUGGAGUACUCUCGGCACGGCGCCGUGCUGAAGGGACUGGAGAAGGCCGUGGCUCGCUCCAAGUAUGAGGAGGACGUGAUCAUCAAUAACCACACAUGUAUUUGGGGCUCCUACUGGAUAGAUGGCUUCUGGGGAUACAAGUGUUGUCACUCCAUGGUCAAACAGAGUUACUGCACCGGAGAGAGUGGAAUUGGAAUUAACAACUCUGAAUGUGUUCCGUUUGACGAGGGAUUGAUGGAGCCACAGGAGGAAGAAGAGCACAAGACUCUGCUGGAAAUGCAUCAAGAUAAGAUGAUGAAAGACAAGAAGAAGAAAAAGAAGAGCAGGAGGAACAAGAAACACAACUCUGAAGGCAGCGAUUCAGAGGAUGAAGAGAAGAAGAAGGAGAAGCUGAGAAAGGCACUGGAAGCAGAGGACAAGCGGGUGAAGCACGUGGAUGCAAUAAUGCAGGUGGAAGAGAGAAAGAGGCCGUACACCAGCCUGCAGGAAGUAAAGGCACCAACUGAGGAGGAGAUGGAGGCCUUCCGCAUGAAGCGCUGCCGAGCGGAAGAUCCCAUGGCGCCGUUCCUGGGACAGUGACCAGCUGAGGCCCCUGACGUCUCCUCAAGGAGUCUCUUACCAGAGCCGCUGCUCGGUGGGGGGGUGGGGACGUAUUUCUGACUCUGCAAACUCUUUGGUUGCCACCGUGACAGAAAUCGUGUACAAUCUGCUGUCUUAUUGUUUUGGAUGCUACAGGUCGAUGGACCGUAGCCCGAUCUAUGCUUUUGUUUGUACUUAAACAGGUCCGUCGGAAAAAAUGAGGAUUUUCCUAAACCCGGGAACCUCCCUCAGUCUCAAUGUAAUUACUUUUAGUGGGAAAUAUAUUGUUUUUAUAAUAAAGGAGCUUGUUAUCUCCAGUGGA